CGGGUUCCGCGCUUCCAAGGCUCUCACCGUUGCGAUCGGUGUCUGGCGUUGGAUUUGGUGCGGAAGGCACAGGAGGGCCCUGUCCAUGGACCGGGCGGCAGUGGCUAGGGUGGGAGCGGUAGCGAGCGCCAGCGUGUGCGCCCUGGUGGCGGGGGUGGUGCUGGCCCAGUACAUAUUCACCUUGAAGAGAAAGACUGGGCGGAAGACGAAGAUCAUCGAGAUGAUGCCAGAAUUCCAAAAAAGUUCUGUUCGCAUCAAGAACCCAACAAGAGUAGAAGAAAUUAUCUGUGGUCUUAUCAAAGGAGGAGCUGCCAAACUCCAGAUAAUAACAGACUUUGAUAUGACACUAAGUAGAUUUUCCUACCAAGAAAAGAGAUGCCCAACAUGUCAUAAUGUCAUUGAAAACUCUAAACUGGUUACAGAUGAAUAUCGAAAAAAGUUUUUGCAACUAAAGGAAAAAUAUUAUGCUAUUGAAAUUGAUCCUGUUCUCACCAUGGACGAGAAGUAUCCCUAUAUGGUGGAAUGGUAUACUAAGUCACAUGGUUUGCUGAUUGAACAAGCUUUACCAAAAAAUAAAAUUAAAGAAAUUGUGGAAGAAUCUGACAUUAUGCUCAAGGAAGGAUAUGAGAAUUUCUUCGACAAACUCAAACAACACAGUAUCCCUGUGUUCAUCUUCUCUGCUGGUAUAGGUGAUAUAGUAGUGGAGGUGAUCCGUCAAGCUGAUGUCUGUCAUCCAAAUAUCAAAGUCGUGUCCAAUUUCAUGGAUUUUGAUGAAAAUGGGAUACUUAAAGGAUUUAAAGGAGAAUUGAUUCAUGUAUUUAACAAACAUGAUGGUGCCUUGAGGAACACAGACUAUUUCAAUCAAUUAAAAGACAACUGCAACAUAAUCCUGUUGGGAGACUCCCAGGGAGACUUAAGAAUGGCAGAUGGAGUUACCAGUGUUGAAAACAUUCUGAAAAUUGGGUAUCUAAAUGAUAAAGUAGAUGAGCUUUUAGAAAAGUACAUGGACUCUUAUGAUAUCGUUUUAGUAAAAGAUGAAUCAUUGGAAUUAGCCAACGCUAUCUUACAGAAGAUUCUGUAAAUAUUCAUGCAUCAGGAAGACCUCUCUCCCAUGGGAGCAA